AUGGGGUUUCGACCGAUGCCCGAAGGGUCAGAGGAAGGUUCUUCGAUAGUGUGGUACCAAGCUAGGAACAAGACUAACAUCAAUAUCUGGAUGAAUUCCUUCAAUAACUUCUUAGCACCUCUCUUAUGGGAGCAGGCAGGAGUGUCUUUCAUGGUCAAAAGGAAGCACGGGCGGAGAAUAAUCCAUUGUGAGGUGAUCUCAGAGAGGCUCAUGCGGGUGAAACCUGACUAUCUUGGUCGAAAAAUUGCUGUGUUCGGUCUAUAUGCACCAGGAAAUAAUGAGACUCCGGAUGUGAAGGACGCCUUUGUCGUGAACCUCAGAGCUACUCUCGAGAAGGUGUAUGACAACGAAAUCAUUCUUCUUGGGGACUUCAACGCUCGAGUUGGAUGGGGUUGA